UGAAAUUCGCCAUGAAGUCUGCUGUCGUUCUCGCUGCCAUCUUCUUCGUAACCAAACUUGACUCGGCCGAAGAGUUGACCACCUGGACAGACGUCCUCCGAGACCCGGUCUUCGUACGCUUGGUGACGUUGGUGACGAGAGGAAGACUGCAGAUUCUUCUGUCCCCCCAAUGUCUCGACGAUCACGGUCCAGAUGUGGGACGCCUUCUACGACGGCUACCUUUUCCGGUGAAUAUCGCUACAGAAUCCCAACAUUGCGGUCCCGACGGGUACUGCCAUCGUAUUUCGUUCUCGACCAAUAGUCUCCUACUAAUAUGGUGCGAACACCACAACCUGACUCGGGAAAUGCUAGAGCUGCCGUACACAAACGUCAUCGCUUUACUUUCCGAUAAGCUUCGCGCUGAGAUAGUCUCAUUUGAUGAUGAGGGUUUGCUUCGAGAUCCACGCUACAAGAAUCUCCAACACCGUGGCGUCUACACUGUAUUUCGAAGUGGCAGCCGAAUUAUGCUAGCGAAAGGCGGGCAAGUGGAAUGCUUAUCCUGCGGCGAAAGUUCACAAAUCGCGAGCUGGACCCCUCGACUGUUAGAGCAGCUCCCUCUGAACGGGGCACAGCUGAAUAUUAGUUGCGUCUACCCUAUACUUUGUGAGCAUCCCACGUAUGACACUCUCCUCAAUACCUUAAAUCACAAAAAUGCCAGUUUUUUGCAGACGUACUACAGUAGGCUUGGUUACAACAUGAGAUAUUUUAGCCCCGAUUACAUCAGUGUUACAAAUGAAGUCAUUUUACACUUGGAAAUAAGGCGCGUGUGGAACCUCUAUUUUCCGAUAAGAGUACGACCGCAUUCUUAUAUUUCAAUCGCGCUUACCUUGUUUGCGAAGCGAAGGUACCCUCUGCCGAAAGAGGUCGUCCUUAUCCUUCCCUUCACUUGGCAUGUCUGGACAGCCCUGCUGUGCGGAAUAUUUUUGAGUGCGUUCGUGAUAUUUGUUACGCUCAGGAACAGCAAGAAGUUGCUUUCGAGUGCUCACGCGGUGGUGUUUGCACUGGUCGCCUCAUUGCUCCAGCAAAGCGACCAACUCUCCUGCAAGCAACGGAGAGAUUUCUCCACAAGGCUCCUUUUAGCUCUCUGGAGCGUCAUGGGUCUCGUGCUUGUUACAGGAUACAAGGGUUCACUCACGGCACUGUUGAGAGACGUACCUCUUGAAGCCGAACAUCCGACCUUUCCGAACCGCAGUAGUACUUAUCAGCAGGGAUGUCUCCUCCACCAUUUCGAAUUUAAGGAGAUACUGAAGAACACUUCAACAGAGGAUGCCGCCAUGAUCGUCAAGAAGGAAUAUUUGAGACUGAGGAAACAUAAAUUAGUUCUAGACAAGAAGUAUUUUCCCGUGGUGUACGAGUUUAUGGGUCGACAUACCAGCACCAUUCACAAAGGACUCGUUGAGUUCGACUACGUUCCGACGGGGGAACCACUUUUUCCCGACGUCACUGGACCUGAGAUCAUGUACGCAUCGCCGUUCAGAGAUGCUGUCGCUGCGACCGUUGGCCAAGCGCAAGAGUCGGGUCUCUUCAGCAGGGCGGAAGCUCUUCAAGACUUCAAGAUCAAGUAUCGAUCCUACAGCGCCGGUGUCUCUUCGGAGCCGGAGGUAUUAACCCUGGGCGACCUGACGCCGUUUUUUCUCAUCUGGUCUGCGGGACUCGGUUCUGCGGUACUCGCCAUUUUGCUUGAGGCGCCUUCGGCUAGCUUACACGCCUUGUGCAUAAAGCGCAGAACCCGCAAACGGCGUACACAAAGACUGGACUUGGAUCGUUGGGCCUGCCACACCAACGCCUGA